GUACGAUUACCAUCUCUACUACAUAGCAACGCACGUGAAGCGGCGUGGGAGCAACAAUUGGACUUUUAACAAAGGAAAAUGGAAAAGGACGUCAGCCAUGCAUACUGGCCAUCUGGAGGCGGCGUCAUCACCCUUCGUGGAGGCGUCAUUGGAGGAAGAGGCCGGCGUCAUCGUUGGAACUGGAGCUUGGCGUCGUGGAUCUGCAGCUUCUGGUGAAAUUCGGCAUGGCAUCGGCUGCGACAUCGGCGUCGGCGUCGGCAGCAGCGUCGGCAGCAGCGCCGUCUGGAAGUAUAUGCAGGCAUUGUCGGCGCACGUAGGCAGUGGCGCGCCAUGGAUUACUACGAAUUCCAGCGACGGCGUGCUGCACAUCUUGGCUGGAGUGGCGUCAGGUCAUCUCCAUUAUCAUGUUGUGUCCCAUAAGGGGGGAGGUCAGGAGAGGAAUCAUCGUCAUUGCGGCUCAUGGAGGAACUAUGCUCGGAUCAAAUCCCCAGCCAUCAGGAGAUCCAUUAGGGAGUCCGAGCCCAUAAAGGACCCCUCGUCAGGAUUCAGGUCGUCAGGAUCGUCGCUGUCUAUUGUAUUUCCGGUUGGAUCAAUUUGUCCAUCAACAUGGUCUGGAUUCCCCCCUCCUCCCGUCGCCCCGGUUCACGAGGGAGAAUUUCUGGAGCUGCUUCUUUUGUUUUUAUACGAUUACCAUCUCUACUACAUAGCAACGCACGUGAAGCGGCGUGGGAGCAACAAUUGGACUUUUAACAAAGGAAAAUGGAAAAGGACGUCAGCCAUGCAUACUGGCCAUCUGGAGGCGGCGUCAUCACCCUUCGUGGAGGCGUCAUUGGAGGAAGAGGCCGGCGUCAUCGUUGGAACUGGAGCUUGGCGUCGUGGAUCUGCAGCUUCUGGUGAAAUUCGGCAUGGCAUCGGCUGCGACAUCGGCGUCGGCGUCGGCGGCAGCGUCGUCUGGAAGUAUAUGCAGGCAUUGUCGGCGCACGUAGGCAGUGGCGCGCCAUGGAUUACUACGAAUUCCAGCGACGGCGUGCUGCACAUCUUGGCUGGAGUGGCGUCAGGUCAACUCCAUUAUCAUGUUGUGUCCCAUAAGGGGGGAGGUCAGGAGAGGAAUCAUCGUCAUUGCGGCUCAUGGAGGAACUAUGCUCGGAUCAAAUCCCCAGCCAUCAGGAGAUCCAUUAGGGAGUCCGAGCCCAUAAAGGACCCCUCGUCAGGAUUCAGGUCGUCAGGAUCGUCGCUGUCUAUUGUAUUUCCGGUUGGAUCAAUUUGUCCAUCAACAUGGUCUGGAUUCCCCCCUCCUCCCGUCGCCCCGGUUCACGAGGGAGAAUUUCUGGAGCUGCUUCUUUUGUUUUUAUACGAUUACCAUCUCUACUACAUAGCAACGCACGUGAAGCGGCGUGGGAGCAACAAUUGGACUUUUAACAAAGGAAAAUGGAAAAGGACGUCAGCCAUGCAUACUGGCCAUCUGGAGGCGGCGUCAUCACCCUUCGUGGAGGCGUCAUUGGAGGAAGAGGCCGGCGUCAUCGUUGGAACUGGAGCUUGGCGUCGUGGAUCUGCAGCUUCUGGUGAAAUUCGGCAUGGCAUCGGCUGCGACAUCGGCGUCGGCGUCGGCAGCAGCGUCGGCAGCAGCGCCGUCUGGAGGUGUAUGCAGGCAUUGUCGGCGCACGUAGGCAGUGGCGCGCCAUGGAUUACUACGAAUUCCAGCGACGGCGUGCUGCACAUCUUGGCUGGAGUGGCGUCAGGUCAUCUCCAUUAUCAUGUUGUGUCCCAUAAGGGGGGAGGUCAGGAGAGGAAUCAUCGUCAUUGCGGCUCAUGGAGGAACUAUGCUCGGAUCAAAUCCCCAGCCAUCAGGAGAUCCAUUAGGGAGUCCGAGCCCAUAAAGGACUCCUCGUCAGGAUUCAGGUCGUCAGGAUCGUCGCUGUCUAUUGUAUUUCCGGUUGGAUCAAUUUGUCCAUCAACAUGGUCUGGAUUCCCCCCUCCUCCCGUCUCCCCGGUUCACGAGGGAGAAUUUCUGGAGCUGCUUCUUUUGUUUUUAUACGAUUACCAUCUCUACUACAUAGCAACGCACGUGAAGCGGCGUGGGAGCAACAAUUGGACUUUUAACAAAGGAAAAUGGAAAAGGACGUCAGCCAUGCAUACUGGCCAUCUGGAGGCGGCGUCAUCACCCUUCGUGGAGGCGUCAUUGGAGGAAGAGGCCGGCGUCAUCGUUGGAACUGGAGCUUGGCGUCGUGGAUCUGCAGCUUCUGGUGAAAUUCGGCAUGGCAUCGGCUGCGACAUCGGCGUCGGCGUCGGCGGCAGCGUCGUCUGGAAGUAUAUGCAGGCAUUGUCGGCGCACGUAGGCAGUGGCGCGCCAUGGAUUACUACGAAUUCCAGCGACGGCGUGCUGCACAUCUUGGCUGGAGUGGCGUCAGGUCAUCUCCAUUAUCAUGUUGUGUCCCAUAAGGGGGGAGGUCAGGAGAGGAAUCAUCGUCAUUGCGGCUCAUGGAGGAACUAUGCUCGGAUCAAAUCCCCAGCCAUCAGGAGAUCCAUUAGGGAGUCCGAGCCCAUAAAGGACCCCUCGUCAGGAUUCAGGUCGUCAGGAUCGUCGCUGUCUAUUGUAUUUCCGGUUGGAUCAAUUUGUCCAUCAACAUGGUCUGGAUUCCCCCCUCCUCCCGUCGCCCCGGUUCACGAGGGAGAAUUUCUGGAGCUGCUUCUUUUGUUUUUAUACGAUUACCAUCUCUACUACAUAGCAACGCACGUGAAGCGGCGUGGGAGCAACAAUUGGACUUUUAACAAAGGAAAAUGGAAAAGGACGUCAGCCAUGCAUACUGGCCAUCUGGAGGCGGCGUCAUCACCCUUCGUGGAGGCGUCAUUGGAGGAAGAGGCCGGCGUCAUCGUUGGAACUGGAGCUUGGCGUCGUGGAUCUGCAGCUUCUGGUGAAAUUCGGCAUGGCAUCGGCUGCGACAUCGGCGUCGGCGUCGGCGGCAGCGUCGUCUGGAAGUAUAUGCAGGCAUUGUCGGCGCACGUAGGCAGUGGCGCGCCAUGGAUUACUACGAAUUCCAGCGACGGCGUGCUGCACAUCUUGGCUGGAGUGGCGUCAGGUCAUCUCCAUUAUCAUGUUGUGUCCCAUAAGGGGGGAGGUCAGGAGAGGAAUCAUCGUCAUUGCGGCUCAUGGAGGAACUAUGCUCGGAUCAAAUCCCCAGCCAUCAGGAGAUCCAUUAGGGAGUCCGAGCCCAUAAAGGACCCCUCGUCAGGAUUCAGGUCGUCAGGAUCGUCGCUGUCUAUUGUAUUUCCGGUUGGAUCAAUUUGUCCAUCAACAUGGUCUGGAUUCCCCCCUCCUCCCGUCGCCCCGGUUCACGAGGGAGAAUUUCUGGAGCUGCUUCUUUUGUUUUUAUACGAUUACCAUCUCUACUACAUAGCAACGCACGUGAAGCGGCGUGGGAGCAACAAUUGGACUUUUAACAAAGGAAAAUGGAAAAGGACGUCAGCCAUGCAUACUGGCCAUCUGGAGGCGGCGUCAUCACCCUUCGUGGAGGCGUCAUUGGAGGAAGAGGCCGGCGUCAUCGUUGGAACUGGAGCUUGGCGUCGUGGAUCUGCAGCUUCUGGUGAAAUUCGGCAUGGCAUCGGCUGCGACAUCGGCGUCGGCGUCGGCGGCAGCGUCGGCAGCAGCGCCGUCUGGAAGUAUAUGCAGGCAUUGUCGGCGCACGUAGGCAGUGGCGCGCCAUGGAUUACUACGAAUUCCAGCGACGGCGUGCUGCACAUCUUGGCUGGAGUGGCGUCAGGUCAUCUCCAUUAUCAUGUUGUGUCCCAUAAGGGGGGAGGUCAGGAGAGGAAUCAUCGUCAUUGCGGCUCAUGGAGGAACUAUGCUCGGAUCAAAUCCCCAGCCAUCAGGAGAUCCAUUAGGGAGUCCGAGCCCAUAAAGGACCCCUCGUCAGGAUUCAGGUCGUCAGGAUCGUCGCUGUCUAUUGUAUUUCCGGUUGGAUCAAUUUGUCCAUCAACAUGGUCUGGAUUCCCCCCUCCUCCCGUCGCCCCGGUUCACGAGGGAGAAUUUCUGGAGCUGCUUCUUUUGUUUUUGUAAUUUCUUUAGAAUUUUUGUUAUUCAUUUGAAAUACAAUAUCGGGCCGCUGCUGCUGGCCAGGGGGGGCGCGGGGAAAGUAGGGCCUUUUCAGGGGGCGGGACCUUUCAUGGGACAUAUGCCUAUCCAGGCGAGGAUGAGAUGCAGGAGGACGACGCUGACCAUGGGACCUUUCAUGGAACAUAUGCCUAUCCAGGCGAGGAUGAGAUGGAGGAGGACGACGCUGACCAUGGCUGAGACUAGGAUGCCUCCAUUUAUUCAUUGGCCACCGCGCCGGCCCCUCGCACUGCGCUUCUCUCAUAUCCGCCCACCUUCGUUUCGCCUCUUGGUAGGCGGGGCAUCCUUUAUAAGCACUGAUGUGCCCCCCGUUGCAGUUGCAACAACGAGCAGGGCUGUCCCGUGUCUUCGUGCA